UGUCUGCAGGGAAGGACGUAGCUGCGUUCCCCUCGCACUCUCGCGUGCCAUCGUACCUGAAUACGAUCUCCCAACGAUUUGAAUAAAAAAACUGCGAAUUCACGAGCUGAAAUUGAAAUUUGAAUUAGAAAAAAUCAUAAAACUCGUAAUUUUCGAAAAAAAGUGAGAUUUUCUGUCAAAAAUUUUAAGAUUUGUGAUGAACGUGAAACCGCGUCGUAUCCAUUGUGUCUGAAAAGUUAGAGAUUUUCCACUGAAAAUUUUUGAGAUUCAAUUUUAAUUCAGGGGUGAGAUUUACGAUAUCGCAAAUUUGGAGGAUUUACGCAAGUAGGAUGCGUUGUUAGUGCUUCCGCGAAAUAAACCCUGUUUGCGAAAAUGGUGACAUUCCAAACUACAUGAUCUCAACGCAGCCAUGAUAUUCAAAGGAGGAGUAGGGGGGAAACCUCCGGGGAAAAAUUCCCCAGAGAAGAACCAAAAAGAAGAAAAGAAGGAGAAGAAGAAAUGGGAGAAAUGUGAAAGAUGUCCAGGGGACCCGUGGCUGUACUGUGUUGUGUUAUGGUGUGCGUGUGCCAUGAGCCUGAUCUCGAGCGGGUACAGCCUGUACAAGCAGCACGGUCUCCAGGACAGGCUGUCGCUGCUGGAGGAGCAGCACCUGGCGCUGCGCAGUGCGGUGCUGGAGCCGCAACAGCCGCUGGUGGAGAGGCUGCGGAGGGAGGUGCUGGCGCGGCCGCCGAGCUACUGGAGGCCGAGGCGGAGUAUCCGGGACUAUGGUGACUGCAUUUGUCCAUCAGGUCCCCCCGGCCCGCCCGGCAAGCGCGGCAAGAAGGGCAAGAAGGGAGACUCCGGCGAGCCCGGCCCGCCGGGGUUGAUGGGGGCGCCGGGGAAAAACGGAUUUCCGGGCAGCAAGGGCGAGAAGGGCGAGCGAGGCUUCAUGGGCCCUAUUGGUCUGGAUGGUCCCAAAGGUGAUCCGGGCCGGCCGGGCGACAAGGGGCAGAAGGGCGAGCACGGCAGCCCCGGCUUCGACGUGUUCGCCGCCGUCAAGGGCGUGAAGCGGUCGGUGGACAACUAUAAGAUGUCCCCGUACACCACGGCGGAGAUCAUUGCCGUCAAGGGCCUGCAGGCGGCCGGACACAACAUCUCGGCGCACUCCGUCAUCCAGCUCAAGGGUGAGCCCGGCGAGCCGGGGCCGCCGGGGCCGCCGGGGCUGCCCGGCACCGAGGGCACGGCGGGCGCGGAGGGCCGCGGCGGGCCGCCCGGCGCGCCCGGCGGCGCGGGGCCCGUGGGGCCGCCCGGACCCGUCGGGCCCCUGGGCCCCGUGGGACCGCCUGGACCUAUCGGACACAAAGGCGACAAAGGCGACAAGGGCGAGCGCGGGUUCACGACGACGCUGAAGGGCGACGCCUUCCCCACCGGCAUCAUCGAGGGCCCCCCCGGCCCGCCCGGGCCCCCCGGUACUGGCGCGGCCGGCCCGCGCGGCCCGCCGGGGCUGGACGGCCGGCCCGGCGACCCCGGCGUGCCCGGCCCGCCCGGGAAACCGGGCGAGCUGGGGCCGAAGGGCGAGAAGGGCGACUACGGCGACAUGGGCUCUCCGGGCAUGCUGGGCGCGCCCGGCCUGCCCGGCCCGCCCGGCUACCCCGGCCUCAAGGGCGACAAGGGCGACAAGGGCGACUCGCAGAAGUACCGGAAGCUGAGACGCAGGCAGAACUUGCAGGGAGACGGCACCGGCUACGAGCUAUAUGGACACGAAAUGAUGAUGGGUGCGCCGGGCGCGCCGGGCCCCGCGGGCCCCCCGGGCGUGGCGGGCCCCCCGGGCAUCAAGGGCGACAAGGGUGAGCCGGGGCUGCGCGGGAAGGCCGGCGAGCGAGGAGAGAAGGGAGACCCGGGCCCGAUGGGCUUGCCGGGGCCCGUGGGGCUGCCGGGCGAGCCGGGCGAGCCGGGCCGCGCCGGCGACUCCGGCCCACGGGGCCCGCCCGGACUCGACGGCAUGAAGGGCGCGCAGGGCGAGCCGGGCAGCAAGGGCGAGCGCGGCGACCCCGGCCUGCCCGGCACCGAUGGUAUUCCCGGCCAGGAGGGGCCGAAGGGAGACAAGGGCUACAAGGGCGAGGCAGGCCCGGCCGGCAAGCGCGGCCGCAAGGGCGACAAGGGCGAGCGCGGCGAGCAGGGCGUGCCCGGCCUCGACGCGCCCUGCCCGCUCGGCCCCGACGGCCUGCCGCUGCCCGGCUGCGGCUGGCGCCCCAGCAAGGAGGCGGCGCGCGGCGCGGCGCGCGAGGACGACGUGGAGGCGGAGGCGGAGGCGGAGGAGGGUGACGCGGACGCGGAGGCGGAGGCGGGCGACUACGACGCCCGCGACGACGACCUGGACGCGCCGCGCGACUACGACGACUACACCGACAACGCGCACCACGAGCCGCACCGCGACUGA